UGCCUCGCCUCCUCCGUUCUUCGGCGGCUCUUGGCCGGGCUGGGCCAUCCGUCUGAUUGGACGGAGGCCCUUCGAAGCCGAAGUGGGCAGGAGGAGGACAAGGUACACGGGGAGGAAGGGAAACGCGCGUUCCAGCAGAAGGAAGCGCAGCGGCCCGCGCGCGCCCCCGAGCAAAGUUGCAGCCGCUGGAGGUUGAGGCAGGCGCGCGCUCCAGACCAAGUCGCCUUUGCAGUUUGCGUCUCUCCCACUUUGCCGGGGAAGUGCGAGGAGCCGCUGCCGCGGGAAAGGGCCAUGGGGCCGUCGGAAGAGGAGCUCCGGGCGCGCCUGCAGCGGGUCGGCCAGGCUCACCUGCUGCGCUUUUGGGCCGAGCUGGAACCGGCCCAGCGGGACUCUCUUCGAGAGACGCUGGCGCAGCUGAGCGCCGAAGAGCUGGACGAGCACUGCAGGCGGGCGGCGGAGGCCUGCGCUCGGGAGCGAGGAGGCGCUGGCCAGGGCGGGCUGGACGGCAGCCUGGAGCCCAUCCCGGCCGAGCUCCUGGGCAGUGUCUGCAGGAGCGACGGGGCGAUGCUGGAGAGGUGGGAGGAAGAAGGACUCCGCCAGAUCUCUCAGGACAAAGUGGCAGUGCUCCUCCUGGCCGGGGGACAAGGAACGCGCCUGGGGGUGCCUUAUCCCAAGGGCAUGUAUGACGUGGGGCUGCCCAGCCACAAGACCCUUUAUCAGAUCCAGGCAGAGAGGAUCCGCAGAGUGGAGCAGUUGGCUGGUGGGCGUUUCGGUGUGCAGUGCACCAUCCCAUGGUAUAUUAUGACAAGCGAGUUCACGCUGGGGCCAACGGAGAAGUUCUUCCAAGAGCAUAACUAUUUUAACUUGAAGAAACCAAACGUCGUCAUGUUUGAGCAGAGGAUGCUUCCUGCUGUCACAUUUGAUGGGAAGGCGAUCCUGGAAGAGAAGGGCAAGGUUGCCCUAGCUCCAGAUGGCAAUGGUGGUUUGUACCGUGCUCUAAUGGAAAACAAGAUCCUGGAGGAUAUGGACCGACGUGGCAUUCAGUACAUCCAUGUCUACUGUGUGGACAACAUCCUUGUCAAAAUGGCAGAUCCAGUCUUCAUUGGCUUCUGUGUCUCUAAAGGGGCUGAUUGCGGUGCUAAGGUAGUGGAGAAAGCAUACCCCACUGAGCCUGUGGGGGUGGUGUGUCGUGUGAAUGGAGUAUGUCAGGUGGUGGAAUACAGUGAAAUCACCUUGGAUACUGCACAGAUGCGGAACCCUGAUGGCCGUUUGACAUACAGCUCCGGUAAUAUCUGCAAUCACUUCUUCACUCUCGGAUUCCUUCGGGCCAUAGCAGAGAAAUUUGAGCCCCAGCUGAAGUACCACGUGGCUAUUAAGAAGGUGCCGUUUGUCAACGAGGAGGGCAAUCUGGUAAAGCCUCUAAAACCCAACGGGAUAAAGCUGGAGAAGUUUGUGUUUGAUGUGUUCCAGUUUUCUAAGAAUUUUGUGGCCUUUGAAGUCCCAAGAGAAGAUGAAUUUUCCCCAUUGAAAAAUGCAGACACUGCCAACAUAGAUACACCCACCAUGGCUCGGCAGGCACUCCUGUCCCAACACUACCGCUGGGUGGUAAAGGCUGGAGCUACAUUUGUUGAUGCCAGUGGCCAAAGAAUAGAUAAGAAGCACAGUUUAUCCGGAGAUGAAGAGUCACCUGUUGUAUGUGAGAUUUCGCCUCUAGUCUCUUAUUUUGGUGAGGGUCUGGAGACAUACCUGAAGUCAAAAAACCUUCAGUCACCUUUUCUUCUGGAUGAAAGUGCAGCGGAAUUCAUGGCACAGCAUGAAUGAAGGAGACCUCUAAGUCAGGAGAUAAACUUUGGCAACCAGCAGGACUUUUUUUCAGGGGGAACGCAGUGGAACAGAGUUCUGGAACCUCUUGAAAAUGGUCACAUGGGUGGUGGCCCCGCCCCCAAUCUAAACUCCCCUCUGGAGAUCAGGGGCGGGGCCACCACCCAUGCGACCAUUUUCUCAGAGAGGCAACCCACUGAGUUCCACCACCUCUUUUCCCAGAAAAAAAGCCCUGGCAACCAGUAUUUUCUGGGGAGUUCCUUAUUUUCAAGUAUCUUUCAUAGAUUUCUUAAUUUUUUUCCCUAGGAAAAGAGUACUUUGGAGAUGACAGAUGAUCGGAAUUAAUUCUAUGUCAAUAAACUCUUACUAUAUUUUUUUGUAAAACUGAAAUCUAGCAUAAUUACUUCAAUGUGUUUUUGAUCGGGAUGUGAUGUUCUAUAAUUCUGCUCCUGGCUGCCAAAUAGCUUUAUUAAAACCUGGAUGAUAACAUGGAAAUUGCCAGCUGAGAUAGAAGCCAUUCUGUCCAUUCUGUAGUGGAAGAUUUGGCGGUGGUGCAACUGCAGAUGAGAGUUUGGCCUGUUUUAAUGUUAAAAUCAGUUGCCUGUGAGGCUAAAAGGGGACAGCAGAAGAGACUGCCCCUAGCUCAUAGGGGGUCUCAUAGAGGGCUCAAAGUGGGCCCCACACCCUAAAGCAUUGCGCUUGAAAGUCUGUGUUUAACUUGUGUAGCUGGCCUGAGCUUGAAAGUGCUGUUCUGACCGAUGAGAAGACUGUAGUUAAAUUUGGACAAUGGAAGGCUGGCGAAGGACUGCCUCGAGACCAAUGAGGCUGGCACCAAACCUGCCUGCAAACAACCACCAAGCAAGCAUUUUGACUGUAAAACAGACAUUUUUCUUCUCCUAAACUUUGAAGUUGGGUAAUAUUGUGCCAUGCUCUUUGUAGCUCUUUUGAAAAGUGCCUUUUGACCCUGAAGAUGCUGCAUGUUCUGGAGAGGGAGGAAGAGAGGGAGAAAAAUACUUGUGCCUGCUUGGCACCAGAUACCUUAAAGUGCUUUGAAGGUAGGGCUGGGCUGGCACUUGGUCCUUUGUUUGCUCUGUGCAAAAGUGGUAACAUCAGAAAAUAGGAUGUGAAAGAAAUAAGAGGGCUAGCAGCCUCUGAAAUGGCAGGUUGGCUGUGGCAACUUGAUGAGUGUACAGGGUAGGGGGGCCCUUUCUACUUCUAUACCCAGUUCAUCCCAAUCCUGUGCCAGAAAAAAACUGUGCUGACUUGUAUACUUUAUACAGUCUCAGCACAUUUGCAUGGUUGCCUUACUGAGUUUAAUUUAUUCUGUACUUUUUGCAUAAAUUUGGUUUUGCUUGUAGAAGGAGCCUGAAAAGCCAUCCCAGCUAUUCAAAAUCUUACUCAGCCACUUCUCCAGCUUCUGAGAUUUUAGUGGGCAUAGCUUAUCUGUUUUCAAGCAUAUUUUCACUACUGUAAGACCUAGAAGCUUUUGUUAAGAUGAAUAAAAAACCUGACAGUUAAAAGUGGCUAAACAAAUUUUGCACCUUCUCUCAUCUUCUGAGUACUGACUUCUGCUUGCACCAAACAAUAGCAACAGAUCUAUUCCUUCUGUGCUAAAAGGAGUGAUGUGAUUUGAUCCUUAGAAGAAAGGUGUUGAUGAAAAUACAUUAAGCUGUACAGUAAAGAGUAGGAUACAUAAAGAUUUAUUUGCAAUACAUAUUCAGAUACUUAGGUUUCUGAAAUAUUAGCAAAAACUGACCAUUUGUAUAUGUUUUUAAUUCUGUCGGACUAGAACAUUCCUUUUGCAUUUGAAAGCUGGGAUCCCGAAUGAUGGGAGAUUUGCACUACCCUGGCCCAAAAGCAUUUUUGCUUUUGAAUAUGGGCGCAUCUAAGUUUUUCAGUGAGGGUUUUCAUUCUUAUGAACUUAAAGAGUAGGUAAGAAGGAGCCUUAUUCUAGAUUAUCUGCUGUAUAUUAAAUUGCAAAGAUGACAUGGGCACUUCUUAAAUAGCUUUGAUUCUGUUGCAUUAUGCAGCUCUUUGAAAUAUCGAACACCUGUACUGAUAAUAUUGUGAAUGAAUAAAGGUGCUUGCAGACCAUGCGAGUGAAACAAGAAAUCAA